AUGGCUGCUGACAACGGCACGGGCAUCGCAACCUUCAUCCUUCUGGGACUUUCCGAAGACUUGGACCUGCAGCCCCUGCUGUUCGGCCUCUUCCUCUACAUGUACGUGGUCUGCGUCACGGGCAACCUGCUCAUCAUCGCGGCCAUCCUCUCGGACCCGCACCUGCACACGCCCAUGUACUUCUUCCUCUCCAACCUGUCCCUCACCGACAUCUGCUUCACCUCCACCACCGUCCCCAAGAUGCUGGCCAACCUCCAGACGCACGACAGGACCAUCAGCUACGAGGGCUGCCUCACGCAGAUGUUCUUCUUCAUGAUCUUCGCGGGUCUCGAUGACCUGCUGCUGACCAUCAUGGCCUAUGACCGCUUCGUGGCCAUCUGCCACCCCCUGCACUACAUGGUCAUCAUGAACCCCCGGCUCUGCGGCUUGCUGCUGCUGGGCUGCUGGCUCGUCUGUCUGCUCUACUCUUUCCUGCAGAGCUUGCUGGUGCUCCGGGUCGCUUUCUGCGGGGACGUGGAAAUCCCGCAUUUCUUCUGCGAGCUCGCCCAGCUCCUCAGGUUGGCCUGCAACGACACCCUUGCCAAUAACAUCGUGCAGUAUUUCGUCACCGGCCUGCUGGGCGUCAUCCCCCUGAUCGGCAUCCUCUACUCUUACACGAAAAUCAUCUCCUCUAUCCUGGGCAUCGCCUCGGCCCGGGGCAAGUACAAAGCCUUCUCCACCUGCAGCUCCCACCUGUCCAUCAUCUCCCUGUUCUACGGUGCUGGCCUGGGCGUCUACCUCACAUCCGGGGCGGCCCACCCGUCCAGAAAGGGGUCGGUGGCCUCGGUGAUGUACACGGUGGUCGCCCCCAUGCUGAACCCCUUCAUCUACAGCCUGAGGAACCGGGACAUGAAGGGGGCCCUGAGGAGACUCUUCUGCAGAGGGGCUGGGGCCCAAUGA